UCAUUUUUACAUUCGUUCUGUUUUACAUAGAUUUUGUAAGACGGAUUCAGGCCGACAAUACCUGUACGACACACGAAUAUUCAUAAGAAUAUCUCCCAAGCCGAAGAAGUUAUCCAACCUCUUCGACUAUUCUAUACAACAACCUGCAGAGUUCCUAACUCUCGCUUCUCUUCCAAGACACACACCACCUUCACACAUACACACACAGACCAGCAAUGGUCUCAACAUUUCAGAUGCCGGCCUUCUACCGGUCGAAUCACUUAUCCGUCGAUACCAGCCAUGCGCAAAAGUACUUUGAUGAAGAGGACAGCAACAUCCUCGACGAGAACAUCCUAGACAGCAACGCAAUGGACUCGGGUCUGGAUAUGUCGCCGCCCAUGGCUGGCAGCAGGAGGGAUUCGUUCACUGUACCCGGCUCGAUCUUCUCACCGAAGACGGAAGAUUGGCAAUCCGUCGACAUGCAGUCGGUCCCGUCAAAUAACCCCUUCCUAGAGCCCCAGAACAACAACAACCCGUUUACGAGGGCUGACCCGCAAGCCGUAUACGGCUCGCAAAAUCAGCAAUGGCAAAUGGGUCAAGGUUCCGGUACAUGCACACCCUUACAGUAUGACAGCCUUGAGAACGCAUUCGACAACAACCAAUCCAUCUUCCAACAACGACCUCUUCAGAUGCAAACGCCCUUCAGCAAUCCUGCCCACCAAGUGCCGCUUUUCGCUACAGUUGGUCCUAACAAUCCUCCCAUGCCGAACUCGCCGCAGAAGGAUUGGAUGGGCCAGGACUUGAAGAACCCCUCGUUAGUCAAGCGCAUGCGACCGGAAACUCCCACCAUCCGAUCGCACAACGAGCUACGUCGCGGUGAUGGCAUCCGCAAGAAGAAUGCCAGGUUUGACAUUCCCGCGGAGCGCAAUCUCGGCAACAUCGACCAGCUUAUCGCAUCGACUACUGACGAGCAGGAAAUCAAGGAGCUGAAGCAGCAAAAGCGACUACUUCGCAACCGGCAAGCUGCAUUGGACUCUAGGCAAAGGAAAAAGAUGCACACGGAGAGGUUAGAGGAUGAAAAGAAGCACUUCACCAGUCUCAUCAGCUCGAUGGAAGAGGAGAUGAGCGAGCUUCACAUAAAGCUAGACCAGGAGAGGCGAGAGAGAGAGUACUUGGUGGCGCACGUCGAGAACUUGACCUUGGAAAAGGAAGAGUUGAUUCGAAACCACACCAUCGAGACCGGCGACUUGCGCAAGAAGAUUAGCGUCCUGACCGACCACGUCCAAAGGCUCGAGCACGCCGCUAUCCCCAGCAAUACGGGCUACUCCAACGGAUAUACCGAUAUGGACAGCCUUACUAUGGAUACGUCUUGGGACAACAUGGGCUUCAUGAACGAGUUCCAGAUGGAACCCGAAGUGAAGCAAGAGCUCCAGAUCGUUCCCCAGAAGAAGGCCGAAGUCCAGCUCUCAUCCGAUGGCGAGAAGUCCACCACGCAAGGAGGUCUCUUGUUCAUGCUCUUCCUCGUUGGUGCCUUUGUCAUCUCCAACAGGUCGGCCCCGACGAUCCCCCGCGUCUCGGAAGAUGUUCGCGAAGCUUCGACAACGCUUCUCAACAACAUCUUCAAGGACGCAGGCGUCGCCAACGCCGAGAACGCCAUCGUACCCUCGGCUCCCCAGCCGUCCGGUGCGGACUGGACCUCAAGCGCUUCGGUGCCGAUGGCCAGCGGCGCUAUGGAGGGUGUAGCACCGUCUAUGCUUGGUGACCUGGCGGAUUCCCUCACCCAACCGACGCAGGAGCAGACGAAUGAGCAAAUCUUCUCACUCACACCGGCACAAUAUAACAGUGUGACAUCGCAAGAUUUCCUUCGAACGGCACCGACGCGAUCGACGGGUCAGAACCGCCGGAACCUCGCCGACGCGCUAAGCAACAUGCGCCACGCCGAGAAGCACUCGGCGGCUGAGGUAUACACGCGAUCACUGCUGUGGGACCAGAUCCCGGGCGACGUAGUCAGGAACUUUGCCAAGAUGGUGGCCGAGUGCAACAACGCGAACGGUGGUCAGAACGGCAACGACGCAAACUCAUGAGACGAUUUCACGACAUAACGACAUAUUAACGAAAAGAACGAAUUUAUUACGACGACGACUACUACUACCACUACUACUACUAUACGGCUUCGAGUCAACAGCCAAUUUUAUUUUUUCUAUUUUCUUUUUACAAUUUGGAUAUUUUCGCUUGUUGGUAACUUAAAUAUCGAUUAUUUUUUCCAAUUGCCAUUGUUCAUACAGCUUUUACACGGCGCUCCCGCGCAUCAAAAUCCAGAUUCGACGGUGCUCACGCACACCGAAACGACCUACGACGACUUAUCAUUAUCAUCUACAUUAUCUACAUCAUCACCAGCAUCAUCAUCUAUUUUGUCUAUCUCGAAUCGAAACUUAUCAUCAUCAAAGUCAAUCUUAUUGUUUAUUUUGUGUCGAAACUUAGCAAGCGAGCCAGCAUUCUGAUUUAAUUUAAUCUUCGAUUGUCCCAUUAUUGAAAUAACUUGGUUA